UCCCUCCCGCUCCCUAAACUCAUCGUCUUCGAUCUCGACUACACCCUCUGGCCAUUCUGGGUAGACACCCACGUAACACCACCUCUAAAACCCAACUCCUCACACACAAGUGCCACAGAUCGAUACGGCGAAGACUUUGGUUUCUUCAGCGACGUCCCCGCCAUCCUUCACGCCCUGCCGCGCGCCGGUGUUAAAAUCGGCGUAGCGUCGCGAACUUCUGCACCGAGCCUUGCGCGCGAUUUGUUAAAGAUGCUACAUAUCACUGGACCAGAGGGUGGAAAGCCGAAGAAAGCGCUGGAUGUGUUUGAGGGCUUGUUGGAGAUUUAUCCGGGGUGUAAGAUUAAGCACUUUGAGAGUCUGCAGAAGAGGACGGGGAUUAAAUAUGAGGACAUGUUGUUCUUUGACGAUGAGGCAAGGAAUAGAGAUACGGAGAGUUUGGGGGUAACGAUGUGCCUUGUUAGAGAUGGGGUUACGUGGGGGGAGCUUGAGAGGGGAGUUACGCAGUGGAGG